GAGUUGCAAGUUGUAACUGCAGUGGUGCCCCCAGCAAAACACACAUACUUAGAAUCUCUUAAAAUCUGAGUUUGGUCAUAACCCCUCUUGAGUUCUAGGGUUUUCUCGUACACAACUCCCGUAUCUUCACUUACAAUUAUACAUAUAAUUCACUUGCUGCUGCUGCUUCUCCAUGGAUUAUGGUCUCCACAAUACCCCUGUAGGGGGGAAUUAUGGUGGCACUGAAAGGUUUGUAGCGAAUCCAUCCCCAUACUCAAAGAUACAGUUUAACAUGGAAUCUCAAAUCCACCAGCUUGAGCAAGAAGCAUACUGUUCAGUACUACGGGCCUUCAAAGCUCAAUCUGAUGCCAUUUCAUGGGAAAAAGAAGGUUUAAUAACUGAACUAAGAAAAGAACUAAGGGUAUCAGAUGAUGAGCACAGGGAGCUACUCUCAACAGUUAACGCUGAUGACAUCAUUCGUAAAAUACGAGAGUGGAGAAAGGCUAGUGAGAGCCAAACUGGCUUGUUCAGUGUGUCCCAACCUGUGCAUAAUUUGCUACCCAGUCCAACUUUUGCAGCAUCUUGGAAGAAACAAAAGACAUCCCAAUCAGGUUCACUAGCAUUUAGCAGACAAAUGCAGGGUUCACUUAAUCAGCAGACACAGCCAUUACCUGCAGCUUCAAAUUGGGCGCCUUCAUUUGACGGACCACAAAUGCCUGGACUGUCUGCAAGGUACCCAUCCACUGGUCAAACUCCAAGAGGUGUUUCUAGUGUUGAGGUAGCUAGACAUGAACCACUUAUUGGAAGGAAAGUAAUGAUGCGAUGGCCUGCAGACAACAACUUCUAUGAGGCCAUCAUAACAGAUUACGAUCCUCAGAAGGAUCAGCAUGCUCUGGUCUACGAUAGAAAUACCCCAAAAGAGGCUUUGGAAUGGGUUGAUCUUAAAGAUAUUUCUUCUGAGGACAUCAGAUGGGUGGAUGAGGAUCCAGGAUUAUCCCGUCAAAGAGUACUUUGUAUCCAAAGCAAUGAAAACCCUGAAAACCCUGGAGGUUAUCUGAAUUCUGGACUAGGAAAGGAAACCAUGAGGGAUCAUAAUGAGAUAAUUAUUCCAUUUUCAGAAUUGGGUGCUUCUGAUGAAAUUGAAAUACUUCACACAGAUACUCUAAUAAAGGAGGUUCAGAAAAUAUUUACUUCGUCUCAUCCUGAUAUGCUUGAAAUAGAGAAGGCAAAGAAAAUGCUGAAGGCGCAUGAGGAAGCACUAAUGAAUGUCAUUUCGAAGCUUUCAAAUGCAUCCUAUAGUGGAAGUGAGCAGAGAUCACCACAUGCAAAAUCUACGGGAGAAGAGCGGAGAUUGAGGAACUCCCAGAACAGUGGGAACAGCCAUGGACCUUGCUUAGAAGCUGAAACAACAGGAGACGCUAAUGGUUCUGCAGCGGCAAAUAGGGGUCAACAAGAGGAUGAUAUUAUAGAAAUCUAGUUGCUUAAGAAUUUCAGGGCCUUUCUUUUGGAGUUGAUACUUGUUUUGUGUUCAAUUAGGAGGCACACUGUUAAAUUAGGAGCUCAAUGUCAAAUUAGGAGCUCAAUGUCAAUAUUCUUCUAGAAAUUUUAACUGUAACUUGCUUUACAUCUGAUUGUGAUUAGGAUGUUGUGAUGAUAAGAACUUGGCCCUCUACCAUGUAUGUUUUUAGCAAGUUUAAAAAGCGACUGUACAGUAAUUAA